GGGCUGCUGCUGGUGUGUCCCCAAGCCCAGGAGGGGGGGUGUAGUGGGGAGAAGCAGGAGGCGGGUGUGGAUUUAUUUCAACCUUAAAUUGUUGUCUUUUUUUUUUUUUUUUUUUUUUUUUUUUCCACGUCUUGCCUGAAGCUGGUUGGUAGAAGCUCCCUGUAUUUGGAAUAGCUGUCUUAUCUCACUCUCUCGGUGCUGCCAUCCCUCCUACGGCACCCGCCCCGACGUGCGCGCAUAGUGUAGCCUCACGCACACGCGUGUGCCUGCCUUCCCCCCAGGAGUCCUCUAUUGCCGGGAGAGAAGGCGAGGAAGAGCUCUGCUUGCGAGACUCAAUGUUUCUCCCGGGCCAAGUGCCCCUUGAGCAGCCAGACACGAGCUACGGAAGAGGAAGAGAGAAGAGCCCCCAGUUUGCUCUUGCUACAGUUGUUGCUGCUGCUGCCGCCGCUGCUGUUUGAAGAGGGUAUUCUCAUAAUUGCUGAAGAACCGAGGUCCCAGAUGGCUAACGCUAUGAAUGGCCGGAACCCUGGUGGCAGAGGAGGAAAUCCCAGAAAAGGACGGAUCCUGGGCAUUAUUGAUGCUAUCCAGGAUGCAGUUGGACCACCUAAACAAGCUGCAGCUGAUCGAAGAACUGUUGAGAAGACUUGGAAACUCAUGGACAAAGUGGUAAGACUAUGCCAAAAUCCCAAACUGCAGUUAAAGAACAGCCCACCAUACAUACUUGAUAUUUUGCCUGACACUUAUCAACAUUUGCGACUCAUACUGAGCAAAUAUGAUGAUAACCAGAAACUUGCACAACUCAGCGAAAAUGAGUAUUUUAAAAUCUACAUUGAUAGCUUAAUGAAAAAGUCAAAACGAGCAAUCCGACUCUUUAAAGAGGGGAAAGAAAGAAUGUAUGAGGAACAAUCACAGGACAGGCGGAAUCUCACCAAGUUGUCCCUCAUCUUCAGUCACAUGUUGGCAGAAAUCAAGGCAAUCUUUCCUAAUGGGCAGUUCCAAGGGGAUAAUUUUCGUAUCACAAAAGCAGAUGCUGCUGAAUUCUGGAGAAAGUUUUUUGGAGACAAGACUAUCGUGCCGUGGAAAGUAUUCAGGCAAUGUCUCCAUGAGGUUCAUCAAAUUAGCUCUGGCUUGGAAGCAAUGGCUCUAAAAUCAACGAUUGAUUUGACUUGCAAUGAUUACAUUUCAAUUUUUGAAUUUGAUAUUUUUACCAGGCUAUUUCAGCCCUGGGGUUCCAUCUUACGGAAUUGGAAUUUUUUAGCCGUUACACAUCCUGGUUACAUGGCAUUUCUAACCUAUGAUGAAGUCAAAGCACGGCUACAGAAAUACAGCACAAAACCUGGAAGCUAUAUUUUCAGGUUAAGUUGCACUCGAUUAGGACAGUGGGCCAUUGGAUAUGUCACAGGAGAUGGUAACAUCCUGCAGACCAUACCUCAUAAUAAACCCUUAUUUCAAGCCCUGAUUGAUGGUAGCAGGGAAGGAUUCUAUCUGUAUCCUGAUGGACGAAGUUAUAAUCCUGAUCUGACGGGAUUGUGUGAACCUACACCACAUGAUCAUAUCAAAGUUACACAGGAACAAUAUGAAUUGUAUUGUGAAAUGGGCUCUACUUUCCAGCUUUGUAAAAUCUGUGCAGAAAAUGAUAAAGAUGUAAAGAUUGAACCUUGCGGGCAUUUGAUGUGUACGUCUUGUCUUACUGCAUGGCAGGAAUCAGAUGGUCAAGGCUGUCCCUUCUGCAGAUGUGAAAUAAAAGGAACUGAGCCCAUUAUUGUGGAUCCUUUUGAUCCAAGAGAUGAGAGCUCCAGGUGCUGUAGCAUUAUCGAUACCUUCAGUAUGCCAAUGCUGGAUUUGGAUGAUGAUGAUGACCGAGAAGAAUCUUUAAUGAUGAAUCGUUUGGCUUCAGUUCGAAAGUGCAAUGAAAGACAGAAUUCUCCAGUAACAUCACCUGGAUCUUCUCCUCUUGCACAAAGACGAAAGCCACUUCCAGAUCCUCUUCAGAUACCACAUCUUAGCCUUCCACCAGUACCUCCCCGCCUGGAUCUCAUUCAGAAAGGUGUAGUUCGUUCUCCCUGUGGCAGCCCAACUGGUUCACCAAAGUCUUCUCCAUGCAUGGUGAGAAAGCAAGACAAACCUCUGCCGGCACCUCCACCUCCCUUAAGAGAUCCUCCACCACCUCCACCUGAAAGACCACCUCCCAUCCCACCUGACAACAGAUUAAGUAGACAUUUCCAUCAUCUGGAAGGUGUACCUUCCAGAGACCAACCCAUGCCUCUUGAAGCCUGGUGCCCCAGGGAUGUGUUGGGGACAAAUCCAUUGCUAGGAUGUCGAAUCUUGGGGGAUGGCUCACCUAAACCUGGACUCACUGCAAGUUCAAACAUAAACGGAAGGCACAGGAUAGGCUCUGAUCAAGUACUUAUGAGAAAACACAGACGCCACGAUUUGCCUUUGGAAGGAGCUAAGGUCUUUUCUAAUGGUCACCUGGGAAGUGAAGAAUAUGAUGUCCCUCCCCGGCUUUCCCCUCCUCUUCCAACUACAUCCUUCCUUUCUAACCUAAAGUGUCCUAUUCCUUUAACAAAUAGUCUGUCAGAAAAAAUAAAAGAGAACGUAGAGGAAGAGGAUGAUGACUACAAGAUUCCUUCAUCCCAUCCUGUAUCCCUGAGCUCACAACCACUUCAUUGUCAUAGUAUAAAGCCUGCUGUACGGUCCUGUGAGAAUGGUCAAUGUAUAAUGAAUGGAAUACAUGGUACCUCAUCAGAGCUGAAGAAAUCAAAUCCCCCUGAAUUAGGUAUAUAUAUAAAGGGAGAUGUUUUUGAUUCAGCUAUUGUUCCAGUGCCAUUACCACCUGCCAGACCUCCAUCCCGGGACAAUCCAAAGCUUGAUUCUUCACUCAACAGGACGCCCUCUGAUUAUGAUCUUCUCAUCCCACCAUUAGGUGAAGAUGCUUUUGAUGUCCUUCCCCCAUCCCUCCCACCACCCCCACCUCCUGCCAGACAUAGUGUCAUUGAACAUACAAAACCUCCUGGCUCUGGGAGCCGGCCAUCCUCAGGACACGAUCUCUUUCUUCCUCCUUCAGAUCCCUUUUUUGAUCCAGCAAAUGGCUUAGUACCUAUGCCUCCUGCUCGGAGAUUAACAAGUGAAAAUGUCAAAACAAACAGGAUAUCUCAAGACUAUGAUCAGCUUCCUUCAGCUUCAGAUGGUUCACAAGCUCCUGCCAGACCUCCUAAGCCACGGCCCCGCAAGACUGCACCAGAAAUUCACCAUAGAAAAGCCCAUGGUCCUGAAGCAGCAUUGGAAAAUGUUGAUGCAAAAAUUGCAAAACUUAUGGGAGAGGGCUAUGCUUUUGAAGAGGUGAAAAGAGCCCUAGAGAUAGCCCAGAACAAUGUUGACGUGGCCCGUAGCAUCCUAAGAGAAUUUGCCUUCCCUCCUCCUGUUUCUCCAAGGCUAAAUCUAUAGCUACCUGGAUUUUGAAUCUCUCAAAUGGAAAUCAGCAGAUGAGGAAUUCUAGAAAUGUGUAAGUGAGAGCAAAUGCAAGAUGGAUUUCAAAAGAGAAAGUUUUCUCUCUCCUUUUGUAGAAGAGAGCCCAACUGGUGCAGCUUUUCAAAGGAAGACAGCUGCUGUACUGAAGAUGUAAAUGGGCUGCGUGCGGCUUACAAUAUUUUUGCUAGCCAUACUUUUAAAUCAGGGUUGAACUGACAAAAAAAAUAAUUUAAAGAAGUUUACUUCCCUUGAACUUUGAAUCUGUGAAAUGCUUUUCCUUGUUUACAAGUUGGCAAGUUACAGUUUUGUUUUGUUUUGUUUUGUUUAAUUUGAUAUCUGUACUGUAUGUGACCUAUAUGUGACCCUUUGUAGUAUAGACAAGUCUACUGUAGCAUUUCCUAGUAACCUCUCUCCCAUCCAUAUCAGCAGAAGAAUCAUCAGAAUUUAUUUCAAUUUGAUUUUCCCCUUCACAUGCCCAUUUCUGUUUCUCCAGUUUAUAUAUGUUAAUGGUUUUUGAAUUUUAAUUUAGUGAACAAAUGCAAAAAAAAAAAAAGUAUGUGGCCUUCACUACUGAGUCUUUUCUUCUGAAACCAUCAGUUUGGGGUGGUGGGAGGAGGAUGAGAGGGGUAGAAUCUGAAUGUAUAAUGCAUUAUUUUAUCAAGGAGCUAUCCUUUCUGAGGUAUUUGCGCAGUAAUAAAGAACUACCUUUCUUUUUACUGUAGAUAUUGGGGUGUUUCAUCUACCAAAAUCUGAUCUAGAUCAUCACAGUUCUGCAAAAUCUAAGAGAUGGCCAUACAACUGCUGCAGAUAUUCGCAAAAUUCAAAUGCAUAGGAUAAUGCUAUACUGAAGUUAUUUAAUGAGGUCACCUGCUAUUGGGCAUACUGAAUAAUGGGGCCUCCUCUUUGAAUUAUAUUAAUAAUUUUCACAUAAAAUUAUGGUCAAACGUUUUUUCCAGAGUGUAAUACAGUUCAUUUCCUGUUUGAAUGAUUAUACUUGGUUCAUAACGACUUCGGGAACCAGUUCAUAUUAGCUUGGAAACUUUAAAUCUUUGAUGCACUGUUAAGUGCUAAUGCUACUGUGGCAAUAUAUUUUUCCAGAGUUCCUAGUAAUUUCCUCCUUGUGCACUCAAAUUAGAAUCCAUAUUUAAUUCGUAGACUCACUCCUUCAUUGCCCCUUCUAAUUAAGUGAAAGUAUCCAAAAAUUCCUCAGUCUUAUCAUACAGAAGUGGUUCUUCUGAAGCCAUUUUGCAAAAUUUAAUCAAUUGGCAAGUAUUAAAUACCUGCUACAUAUAGCCAGCACAAUUUUAGGAACUGCACAAACUGACACUAGCUGACUCUAGAUUAAUCUUUCCUUGUUAUAUCUGAUCUUCUCUUUGCAAAAUGGCCUCUAAUUUUAAGACAAUAUUUUUAAAAUAGCUCUGUUUAGAUUUCACGGUUAUUUUCAUAUUUCUUUGCCUUACAGAAAGAUGGAAAAUAAGAUAAAGCUAAAUCAAUGUGCUCCUUUCUUCAUCCUAAAUUGCCUGGUCCACCUAAGAAUAUUCUUUUCUAAUAUAAACUAAUCUUGACCUUAAUAUGUGUCUUCUGCCGCUCUCCUUCCUCAUCAGCAUAGUAGCAUGUUGUAAAAGAUAUCUGACUUAGGAAGCCUAACAUCAGGGAUAAAUUCACCUGCAGUCUACAGUAAUUUGAAGAAUAUUUGCCAAACAUCUGAUACAAAAUGUUGACAAAAAAAGCAGGCCCAAUACACAUUAGCAUUUCCCAAAACUAAUUCCAAUAUUCCCCGGGGUAGUUGGGGGGAAGAGGGAAAACAUCAUAAACUCAAUUCUUUUCAGAACUGCACCUAUUUAUUUUAAAUUUUUAAGUCCCACAGUAGGAGAUGCUCAAAGAGACUUGAGACUUGAGCAGACACAAGUUAGGGAUCUUCAUUCUAUUGCUUGAUUUCUGCAAAUAUCUCUCAGCUGAUGGUUGGCCAGAAAGGGGAAUUUGCUUUUUUCAUUCACUGUUCAUUCUGUGAAUAGGCAUACCAAAGCCCAAAUGACCAUAUUUUUAUUCUUCCUUUUCUGGAUUGCGGUAACUUAAUUUCUUUACUUUUCUUUUGAUAGCAUGCACAGCUUUCAGUUUUGUGCAUUGGAUACUUCAUAAAGGAAACACCAUAUCCUACAUUAGCCAUGUUAAAGAAAUUUCUGAUUGUAUAUGUGUGCUAUUAAGAAACAAGUGGCUUCUUUAUUAGAAUAGCAAUCUGUUCCUCCUACCUUCAUAAAAUUGGUGAAAAAAUAAUGCAUUGCAACUUCCACAGGUUCUCAGAACUUAAAGUGAGCCUUCACCUAUCUGUCAGCAAAGAUAGCUGAACAUUUAAUAAAUUUGAUCUAAGAUCUUCAAAUCAAUGAGCACUAUUUUAAAAGUGAAAACUUUCAUGCACAGAAAACUUUCCAACUGAUCAAAAUAUCUACUUUUGUGUUCAACAGUUUACAUCAUUUUAUCAUCUCAAAUGAACCUAUCAGAAAUUCUUUUGCAGCAAAGAAAAGAGAUACAUCAAACAUUAUAUUAAAUAUGAGAUUUUUUUGAAAGAAUUGUUGCUCUCUUUUAUAGGGGACAUCAGAAAGAUUAUUUUGAAAAUAUCUAAAAUACUAAAAACUCCCUCUACUUAACAAAAAUUUGUGCUUCUAUAGUUAGAAGUGGUCUAGAUUUUAUGUAUUUGUAACCUAAAAAGUAUGUGUGUGUGUGUAUGUAUACACACACACACACACACACACACAUACACACACACACACAUACAUAUAUUUUUUUUUUCUGUAUGUAUCAAAAAUAUCUACAGAAUUGUUUAUUUUGAUCAGUAUUCUGUAUGAUAGGAAGGUAAAGAUGAAAUUUAAAUUCCUGUGAGGUUUUUUGUGGACAAACUUUCCCCAUUGACUUUCCAGUUCACUCAUCUCUGGCUUCUGCUGUUAAUUUGGUUUUUUAAUAUCUAUUAUUGUACUGCUAGGAAAAUAAGAUUGAUAUCCUAGCGAGACUUUCUAAAAGUUAACCAGAGUUAACUCUAAAAGCUAACCAUGCAUAGCUUCAGCCCAACUCCCUUCCAAAGAAAUGGCUCUUAUUCUUCUUUCCUAUUCCUGAACCUUCACACGUUGGCAAAUGGUCAUUAGAGCUCUGAUCGUAACUCCCAAGGGCCCACUUUUUAUAACUGUCAGUAUUUCACAUUCCAAGAACACUUGGCAAAGAUUUCUUCAUAAUGUGAAUUUUUUUAUGCACCAGAAGCAUUUCCUGUAGAUGUUUGGAAUUUUUUUUCCUCUCAGAUUUUCAACUUGAAGCUUUACUUUGCACUUAGUAUCUGACUUGGUUAUAUUUUAAAUUUUUUGUGUCUUAAGCUUGACAGAUUUGGAAGCAAACUACAGUACAUUUUAAAUAGUUUCAGGUACUACCUGUUAACCUGGAAUUUAAAGGUUCUAGGAAAAGUUUCCAGAAAAAAAGACAGAAAUUGAGUGCAUAUUUGAAGGGUUUUCUUCCAAAUAACUAUUUUAUCAG